ACAAAUUCACAGGAAUGGAAAAAGAAAAAAAACCAAAUUUCACUUUGCUUCCAGAGAAAGAGAGAGCGGGAGAGAAAGAGAAGAAAGAAACUCUCAAAUCUGGAGAUUGAAUUUGAAGCUGAUAAACCCUCGAUUUCAAUCCCAACAAGUUCACCAUGAUUUGGAGGAGUUUAGCUUCCACUUCAAUGCUGCUUGCUGCUAAAUCCACAGCUUCGGCCUGCGGAAGAACGGCGAUGAGGGAUUUUCGUCGCCCUUACAGCUUGGUUCCAAUGGUCAUUGAACACACAUCCAGAGGAGAAAGAGCCUACGAUAUCUUCUCUCGUCUUCUCAAGGAGCGCAUUAUUUGCAUCAAUGGCCCUAUUUCUGACGAUACUGCCCAUGUUGUGGUUGCUCAGCUUCUCUUUCUCGAGUCUGAGAAUCCCACGAAGCCCAUCAGCAUGUACCUCAACUCCCCCGGUGGCGCCGUCACUGCUGGGCUUGCUAUAUACGAUACUAUGCAGUAUAUAAGAUCACCCAUCAACACCAUCUGUUUGGGUCAGGCUGCUUCGAUGGCUUCUCUUCUUCUAGCCGCUGGUGCCAAGGGUGAGAGACGAUCACUUCCGAAUGCAACUAUCAUGAUUCACCAGCCUUCUGGUGGAUACAGUGGGCAAGCGAAGGAUAUGACAAUUCACACGAAACAGAUUGUUAGGGUUUGGGAUGCCCUGAAUGAGCUGUAUUCCAAGCAUACGUCACAGUCGGUAGAGAUUAUUCAGAAGUAUAUGGACAGGGAUUAUUUUAUGACCCCAGAAGAGGCCAAGGAGUUUGGCAUAAUCGAUGAGGUGAUUGAUCAAAGGCCCAUUGCCCUGGUGACCGAUGCAGUUGGUAAUGAAGGCAAAGAUAAGAGUUAAGAAUUUGAGGUAGGAUCUUGAUGUGAAAACAUGACAUUUCAAGUUGCAUACUAAGUUUUGAUAGAUUUAUCCAAAGUUAAUCUUAUCUUCCUUGGGUGCAAUGGAAAUAAUUAAAUUUUUUUGGCUAAAUGACCCUUUGGCUAUUUUGAUCAGUAUUGUUAUUUUGUGUAUCCGGCAUUGAUAUAGGUAUUGACAGCUUUUAUUAACACUUCAGAGAGACGCUUGAAGUUUAAUAAAUUUAAAAAAUUUGCUCGUGUAACA